CUACGGUCACAGCGCUUUCAUUGGCCACCCGACAUUGGCGGCAAAAUGAAAAGCUUCAAAUGAAAAGCAAGUCUUAACCAAAUAUUCGACAUCAGGCAUCCAAGAAAGCUUCACCAAAUUAUGUAACUCUCAAUGGAAUCCGAUGAUUUCUAGAAAAAUCAAAAAUACCAUUUGAUGGUGAAGGUUUUGAUACAAGAAGGGAGACAUUGUCACAAAACAUGUCCUCUAAAAGAUGUGCAACAGCUACAACACACCAUAGUCAUGAACGCAUUAUAGCUGAUGCAGUUGAAACUCAUGAAAGUUCAGCUAGUGAUAGUCCCCAUCGUCCAUCACCAGAAAAGAAUUGUUGAAGCAGAUACACAUCUCACUAUUAUAAGAUAAUAUGUGAUUGAGUUUAAAUGGUGAUUGCUGACUAUGGUGAAUUAAAAACAUGUUGUCUACCUAGCUUCUCGCCCAAAGAAAAGAGGUUGUGGUCAAACGAUGGGAAAGGGAAUUAUGAGAGCAUUUGGGGCUUCUAAGACAAAAAUGAAGAUAACUAUGGAUCCAUCAAUCGGAAGACCAAAAGAUGGAGAAGAAUCGGCAAAGACUUCAAGUUAAAUUGGUAUAGUUGCUUGUGAUUUACUUCCUGUGCCAAGAAGGUGGAAUGAAGUUGAUCAGGAGAAUGGGCUUAAACCUAGAUUUGAUCAUCCAAGAAGGUGGAAUGAAGUUGAUCGGGAGAAUGGGCUCAAACUGGGAUUUGAUCAUAUUCAGUCUCUGCAGGAAUUGAGUGGGGAUUCUUGUGAUAGGAUUGAGCUUUAUAAACGCACUCAUUAUUCAGAGAAGAAAGGCUGGUCAUCCAAAGUGGCAGAAGAAAAUUGAGAAAUGAUGAAAAAGAAACAACAACCGUUCAAAGAAGAAAGAAUUGAAAAGAGUACAAAUGAGAUAGUUCUUGAGGUUCUUGGCCAUGGGUCUGGCUACAGUAAAAGUCUUGGUUAUGGUCCUAAACCUACAAGUAGACGCAACAACGCUAAUUCUUUUAUGACCGAGCAACUCCAAAAACAACUUCAUGAAACAAAACAAAAACUACACAUUUCUGAAUCACAAGUUGGCGAGCUUAAGACUAAGUACAAGAUACUGAUAAAUGUGGAAAAACUCAUGGCAUUUAUGGCUACUCAAGGAGUGACCUUAUAAUCACUGCUAUUGGUUUCACAACCAAACUCUUUUUUUAGUUUUUUUGUUUUUGUCAUCUAAAAACUUCCGGUUAAGUGUUUUGCGCAAUAAAUUUCAUCCGAAUAUGAGAAUGAGU